AUGAGUGCAUUGAUUAAUCGUCGUAAGCGGAUUCGAUUGAAUUCAGGUGCACCCAAUGAAGAUGAUGCUUCUCCCAAUGUAACGGAUAGCGCUCCUGACAAUAAUGUAUCCGAGGAUAAUGCAACACCAAUGAAAGAGGAGAUUGAUUUUGAAUUGGAUUCUGAACAAGAUGAUCCCACGGGUUUGGAAGGAGCAGCAUUUCAUAGUCGUCUACCAUUUGAUAAAAUGACUUCAAAUGAAGCUUACUGUUUUUCGGACAUAGCUCACGGACCAACACAAACUCAGAAAGUUUUUUUACACAUUCGCAAUCGAUUGUUACAACAAUGGUUAGAUAAUCCAAAACAGCAAUUACUUUUUGAUUCUGCUCUGCCAUUAAUUGAACCACCGUUUAAUACUGAUAAAGUUCUUAUUCAACGGAUUUAUGCAUACUUGGAGCGUCAUGGAUUCAUAAACUUUGGAGUAUUUAAGAGAUUAAAACCUCUGCCUGUAAAGAAAGUAGGAAAAGCUAUUGUGAUUGGAGCUGGUAUUGCGGGACUAGCUGCUGCUCAACAAAUGCAACAAUUUGGCAUGGAAGUUAUUGUUUUAGAAGCAAGGGAUCGAGUUGGUGGUCGUAUAGCUACUUUUCGUAAGAAUAGUUAUGUUGCUGAUUUGGGUGCAAUGGUAGUUACUGGUUUAGGAGGUAAUCCAGUGACAGUGCUAUCUAAACAAAUCAACAUGGAACUUCAUCGUAUACGCCAAAAAUGUCCACUAUAUGAACCUGGAAAAUUAAAUGCGUUGGUAUCUACUCAAGUUCCUAAAGAGAAAGAUGAAAUGGUUGAGAGAGAAUUUAAUCGUCUUUUGGAAGCUACUAGUUACUUAUCUCAUCAUUUGGAUUUCAAUUAUUGCAAUGGAAAACCUGUUUCACUAGGUCACGCACUGGAAUGGGUUAUAAAACUACAAGAGAAACAUGUUAAAGAAAAAUUGAUUCAGUAUAUGAAGAAUGUUGUAGCUUUACAAGAACAACUAAAAACCAAUUAUAAAAAGUUACUCCAAGUGCAAGAAACUUUAAAAGAUUUAUCUACUCAGCAAAAAGAGAAUGCUGAAGAAAAACAUAAUGAUGCUAGUUCAAAUUUUGCAUACCUUUCUGCUACGAGAGAAAUGGCUAUUAAUCUCAAACAAUGGGAUGAACUAAUAGAACAAAAGAAUGAAAUUGAAGAAAAACUAAAGGAAAUGGAAGCAUCUCCACCAAGUGAUGUAUAUCUAUCAACUAAAGAUCGUCAAAUUCUGGACUGGCAUUUUGCAAAUUUGGAAUUCGCCAACGCUACUCCACUGAAUAAUCUGUCAUUAAAACAUUGGGACCAAGACGACGACUUUGAAUUUACUGGAAAUCAUCUAACAGGUCAGUAA